UCGGCCAUUUUUCUGCCUUUACUUUGCCGUUUUCUCGCCGUUUUGCAAAUUAUUCUCUCAAAUAUAAGUUAAAUAGAAACCUAAGCGUGAAUUUGAAGAAAUUCUUGCAAAAGCUACGAGUUUUGUUCGUCACCUGUCUAUCGGUAACAAUGGCGAACCGAAGACCUCAAAUAGGCGGCCGCCGCAUGGACUUCCAACGUAACGACCGCGGGAACAAUUUCCGUGGAGGCGUCUCACCCUGGCAGGGCGGAGGCCCAGGGGGUGAUCUGCCCAACUUACUGCCCCUCGGCGGCCCCAGUGAAGCUACCCUGGCCCUUGCCAGCAAUCUCAUCAACCUUCUCCAACCCCGUCAGAAUCCAGUCCCUUCACUCCUUGAUAUGCCCAUCCGUCGUGACUUUGGUCCUGCUAUGAAUCGGUAUGAUCGAGGUUAUGGGCCUAAUAGGAUGGGCAAUCAGGGUAAUUUCCGGCGUACGGGAAAUUAUAAUCGCGCUGGUGAGCGUAUCAACAGUCGUAAGCCGUUCAGACCCAAUGAUGGGCAAAGGCAACAAAACAGGGGCACCCCGAAAAAGGAUGCCGAUUCCAAGGCUAAGCCUAGCAAGGAGAGCGACGAGACAGGCGACAAGACAGACAAGAAUGAAGACAAGAAGGAAUCUCCUAAGACUCGCUACGAUGACAUCAAUCAGUCUCUAUUGAGAUGCCACAUUUGCAACAAGAGCAUGUGGGAUGGGAGGUCCUUCGAGAACCACCUGAACGGCAGAGCUCAUGCUAUCAUGAUGCAGAAGACUGCGGAGAGCUAUGCGCUCACCGCUGAUACUAUGAGACAGGAGUUCAAGAUCCGUGAAAUGAAACGUACACGCAAGACAGGACAACAACCAUUGCGCGAUUUCUAUUGCGCUAUGUGUGACAUGUAUGCCGCUGACGGCGCAAUCCAUCGCACCACGGUCGGACAUCGCAAGCUCAAGAAGUAUCUCCAUCCCGCUUGCACCUCCUGCCAUAAGGAGAUGCCGACAAGGAUAGAGCUAGACGAGCAUAGACUGUCGGCCGAGCAUCUUAGGCAGCUGCAGGACAAGCAAGACACUAACAUCUCCAAGCCCAAACCUGAAGUGAUGGUGUUUUCAACUCUGAGUAUGGAGCAGAUGUAUCUGCGUGAUGACAGGCAGCGCUCGCGGCGCAACGACCGCCGCGACAAGGACGCCGGGGGUGACAAGGAGGCGGACAAGGACGGCGACACCGAGGGAGACAAGGACAAGACUACUGAGGAGGAGCAGAACGAAACCGGAGGGGUCAAGAAGGAGCCGUCAGAUGAAGAAGAAGUGAAAAAGGAAGAUGGAGAAGCGAAGGAGGCAGAAGAGAAGAAACCUCAGCCCAUUGAUAAGGAGGAUACCGUGCUGGAUUACAAGGAAGGCGAUGAUGUCGCACACGUCACGCAAGAUAUGCUGCCUGCUUAUAGUACGGAGCGCGGCGUGGGGCGCUCGUUCCUCAAGCCGCUGAACUGCAUCCAGUGCCAGCUGUGCCACAAGCUGCUGGACAGCGAGGAGACCGCCGAGGUGCACCUGCGCACCUGGCGACACCACCAGCUCUUCAUUUAUCUGCUCAACGAGAAGAGCGGACACCUGGCAGAGAGCCAGCAGUCGGAUUCGGGCAAGAGAAGCCACAGCAACUAUAACGACGACUCCGGCACGUGGAAGCGUCGCAAGACCGCGCCCAAGGACGACGAAGACGAUGAGCAAGACGAGCCUGAGCCCGAACCCGAGCCUGUCAAGAGCAACGGCCACGAGGACAACCAAGAUGAGAACAAGGAGGCUGAACUGCUGGAGGAAGCUGCAGAACAUGCAGGAGAUGAUCAGCUUGCUGCUGAUGACCUGGAGGACUGGGAGACAUCUGUUGAGGAGAUACUGGAAAAUGUUAAGAAAGAUGAUAAUGAAGAACAAGAAGUAGAACCGGAACCGGAAGUAGAACCGGAACCAGAAGUGAAACCAGAGCCAAUUGAAGUGGAAGAAGUGAAGAAGGCUCCGCAACCCAAGGGCUCGCCUCGUGGCCGGGGCCGCGGCCGUGGACGACGCAACUAAGAAUGGCUUCCUCUGCGCCGUAUCUCCUCGCCGAGGGUCGCGACCCUUGUCCAUUUGUACUAUGCUGGUUUUCUUCUCCUGCUGUUUACGGUGUGGCGACUUAGCGCGUAGUUGGGGCAAAUCGGCGGACGGGACGGCAGAUAUAUUUAUCAAUUCAUAUUUUUCACUUAUGCAAUCGAAAUAAGGUUUAUUGAAGGCCGCAAAGAAAAAUCCAAUGAGGUUGAUACGUCGGUCGGUACAUACUGUCAGCCCACCAGUGAUAUGCACUGGUUAGGCAAUAGUUAGCUAAGUAGUAGGUACCCAUUAGGUACAGGUAAUAGUUAGCUAGGUACCCAUUGUCAGGAUCCAUUCAUGCAGAUUUCCUACAUAACAUAAGCUAUGUUAAAACAACGCUUUUAUAUUUCGCAUGUUUAGAAUUAUAGAAACCUAAAAGAGAGAGAAAGAAAAAUUAUUUCUUCUGGUAAUUUUAUUACAAGUCAAUGGAAAUGGUCACCGAAUCUAAAUUUUUUAUGGGCCAAUGUAGCAAAGUUCAUGUAUCGAUUAAAAAAAUCAAAUCGGUUCAGAAAUCUCUGAGGUAUUGGUAUGUAUAGGUAGAAAAAUACAACUUCUUUUUUGAAAGUCGGUUAAAAAAGUAACCUAUGUUACUCCUUGGCUAAUCCUCUCCUUGUCUGUGAAAGUUCCGUCAAAAUAGCUUCAACCGUUCCAAAGAUUAGCCCGUUCAAACAGACACAAAAGUUUUAAAAACGUAUGAUUCAGCUAUGGUAUCGGUUAAAUAACCAAAAUGAGGUAGUUAUAUCGAAAUUACAGACAGACACUUCAAUUUUAUUUAUUAGUAUGGAAACCAGCUGGCCCGAUAUUAUUGAACUGUCAGCGUCGAUAAAAUAAGCUGCGUGAAAAUAAAAUCAGCCUAUUAAUAUAAUGGCAAGGUUUCUUUUUAAUCUCCAUCUCUUUAAAUAGUUUACAAUUAGAAUAUUUAAUCUAAUUAGGUGUUAAAAUAAUAUGUGUAGUGUAAUAAAAUAAAUGUAGCUGUAGUAUCAAACGUGCAUAAUAUAAGCAUAUGCAAUGAACUGUCUAUAAUUCUUGGAAUAUGUCAUAGUACAUAUUUUACGGUUUAGUAAUUAAAUCGUUUUAUGAUACGUAGGUAUCUAUUUUAUAUAGGAUUAACA